AUGGCUCUAAAGUUUUUUGAUCUGAAUAAAAGGAAAAAUGGACUGCCUGCUAAACCAGGUGGAGAAGGCUGUGAGAAGAGCAGGAGAAACAGUGCAGGUGACCGUGAGAAGGCUCUUCAGGUCAUGCUCCAGGUUCUGCAGAGCUGUGACCACCCAGCUCCUGACAUGUUUUGCCUGUGUGGGAGGAUCUACAAGGAUAUCUUCUUGGAUUCAGACUGUAAAGAUGCUGCCAGCAGAGACAGUGCCAUUGAGUGGUAUCGCAAGGGGUUUGAACUGCAGUCAUCUCUUUAUUCGGGAAUUAACCUUGCAGUUUUGCUGAUUGUUGCUGGACAACAAUUUGAAACUUCCAUGGAACUAAGGAAAAUAGGUGUUCGACUGAAUAGUUUGUUGGGAAGAAAAGGGAGCUUGGAGAAAAUGAACAAUUACUGGGAUGUUGGCCAGUUCUUCACUGUCAGCAUGUUGGCCAAUGAUGUCGGGAAGGCGGUGCAAGCAGCAGAGAGGCUAUUCAAGCUGAAACCUCCAGUCUGGUAUCUGCGAUCAUUAGUUCAGAACUUGUUAUUAAUUCGGCGCUUCAAGAAACCCAUUAUUGAACAUUCACCUAGGCAAGAACGGCUCACCUUCUGGUUAGAUAUAAUUUUUGAAGCAACAAAUGAAGUUAGUAAUGGACUCAGAUUUCCAGUUCUGGUGAUAGAGCCAACCAAAGUCUACCAGCCUUCUUAUGUUUCUAUCAACAGUGAAGCUGAGGAGAGAACAGUUUCUUUAUGGCAUGUAUCACCCACAGAAAUGAAACAAAUCCACGAAUGGAAUUUUGCAGCCUCUUCAAUUAAAGGAAUAAGCCUAUCUAAGUUUGAUGAACGGUGUUGUUUUCUUUAUGUCCAUGAUAACUCUGAUGACUUUCAAAUCUACUUUUCCACUGAAGACCAGUGUAGUAGGUUUUGCUUUUUGGUGAAAGAGAUGCUAACCAAUGCAGCAGGCAGUACAGUGGAGCUGGAAGGAGAGGCUGAUGGAGACACCUUAGAGUAUGAGUAUGACUACGAUGCAAAUGGGGAGAGAGUUGUUUUGGGGAAAGGAACCUACGGGAUUGUGUAUGCUGGCCGAGACCUAAGCAAUCAAGUGCGAAUAGCCAUCAAAGAAAUCCCAGAGAAAGACAGCAGGUACUCUCAGCCUCUGCAUGAGGAGAUAGCCCUGCAUAAAUACCUCAAGCACCGCAAUAUUGUCCAGUACCUGGGCUCGGUUUCAGAGGAUGGCUACAUCAAGAUAUUUAUGGAGCAGGUGCCUGGAGGAAGCCUCUCUGCUCUUUUGCGAUCCAAAUGGGGGCCAAUGAAGGAGCCCACUAUCAAGUUUUAUACCAAACAGAUCCUGGAAGGCCUUAAGUAUCUCCAUGAAAACCAGAUAGUGCACAGAGACAUAAAGGGUGAUAAUGUUCUGGUAAACACCUACAGUGGAGUGGUGAAAAUCUCUGAUUUUGGAACCUCUAAACGACUCGCAGGAGUGAACCCAUGCACAGAAACCUUUACUGGUACUCUGCAGUAUAUGGCACCUGAGAUUAUUGAUCAAGGACCUCGUGGGUAUGGUGCCCCAGCUGAUAUCUGGUCCCUGGGCUGCACCAUCAUUGAGAUGGCCACCAGCAAGCCUCCAUUCCAUGAGCUUGGUGAACCACAGGCAGCAAUGUUCAAAGUGGGAAUGUUUAAGAUCCACCCUGAGAUUCCAGAAGCUCUUUCAACUGAAGCCAGAACCUUCAUCUUAUUCUGUUUUGAGCCUGACCCUCAAAAACGGGCCACUGCCACUGAUCUACUCAGAGAGAGUUUCUUAAGGCAGGUGAACAAGGGCAAGAAGAACCGAAUUGCUUUCAAGCCCUCAGAAGGAACCCGCAUUGUCACCAGUGCCCUGGCCCUGCCGUCACCAGGGGAACCUCUGGGCAGUAGCAGCAGCGAGCAUGGCUCCAUCUCCCCAGACUCUGAUGCCCAGCCUGACACAUUCUUUGAGAGGACACAAGUGCCCAAGCACCAGCUCAGUCACUUUCUCAGCGUUCCAGACGAGAGCUCAGCCUCAGAAGACCGGAAUGCACCUUCUUCCCCAGAUGACAGGGACCAGGGCCUCUUUCUGCUGCGCAAGGACAGUGAGCGCCGUGCCAUCUUGUACAAAAUCCUUUGGGAAGAGCAGAACCAGGUGGUUUCUAACUUGCAGGAGUGUGUGACCCAGAGCUCAGAGGAGUUGCAUCUCUCAGUUGGUCAUAUCAAGCAAAUAAUCGGGAUCUUGAGAGACUUCAUUCGCUCCCCAGAGCACAGGGUGAUGGCAUCCACAAUAUCAAAGUUGAAGGUGGACCUGGAUUUUGACAGCUCAUCCAUCAAUCAGAUUCACCUGGUACUGUUUGGAUUUCAGGAUGCUGUAAAUAAAAUUUUGAGGAACCACUUAAUUAGGCCCCACUGGAUGUUUGCAAUGGAUAACAUCAUCCGCAGAGCAGUGCAAGCUGCGAUCACCAUUCUCAUCCCAGAGCUCCGAGCUCACUUUGAGCCUACGUCUGAGACCGAAGGGGUAGAUAAGGACACAGAUGAAGUGGAAGACGACUAUCCCUUAGCAGACCUGCCCGGAAGUGAAGCACAUGUGGCAUCGGGAGGGAGAAGACCUGGUGCAGCUGUUGCAGAGGAGGCCCAGCCCCACCAGCAGCACCUGAGCCUCCAGCUGAGCAAGCUCAGGCAGGAGAGCAACAGACUCUUGGAACACCUAGUCCAAAAAGAGAGAGAGUACCAGAAUCUUCUACGGCAAACGCUAGAACAGAAAACUCAAGAAUUAUAUCACCUUCAAUUACAAUUCAAUUGUAAUGGUGAGUCAUUGUUCAUGUAA